CCUAAAAAAACAAUGCAUGUUUUUUCCACAUUUUAUGCCUUUUUUUUUUUUUUUUUAACUAGUCAGCCACUUGGCAAUCCCAUAUAUGAAAACUCAAUUUGGCACCAGCAUCUUUUUGCAAGUGAAGCCUGUCCAUGUUUUAUUUUUGUUCCGCUCCUAAAUCUGUGCGUAAUUGAAGCACCAGUGCGCACACUCGGAGCAGCUGCGGCGCCUCUUCUUCGGGCAGGGUUUCCAACACUUGAGUGUGAUUGGGUCUGGGUGGAGGAGUACGUUGGAGUGCAUCUGCUGUGUUGUCUCUCCACAUGCUCCAGUGUGCACGCAGAGCAGCACAGCUAGGAGCAGUCUUCAUCUCCCCCCACCAGAGAACUUCCUCCUGCAUGGACACAUAACCGAGCGCACGGCUGCAAUCGCGGGUGUCGCCUGCACCCACCCCUUCAUCACCUCCAUCUCCCACCGCAACCAUCUCUGAAGUGGCUGCCUCACCGGGGCGGACCGGAGGCCACCCGGUCUCUGUUCUGGUCUCCGGAGUCGGAGUCGGAGACUCGUCGCGCUCCUUCGGGGCCAGACUGUGCGCCUCCCGAAUCCGACCGGAGCCGCCGCGCGCUCUCGAGGCGAACGUGAUGGAGAGGGACGUCAUGGACAAGCUGGAGGACAUGUCGUCCGUGUAUGACUUUGACCCCAUCACCGGCAACAUCCCCGCCACAAAGGUGGAAGUCACCGUCUCCUGUAGGAUGCUUCUGGACAAAGACACAUUCUCGAAGUCAGAUCCAUUGUGUGUCCUCUACACCCAAGGCGUGGAGACCAAACAGUGGAGAGAGUUCGGCAGGACGGAGGUGAUAGACAACACCCUGAAUCCAGACUUUGUGCGGAAGUACAUCUUGGACUACUUUUUCGAAGAAAAGCAGAACCUUCGCUUUGACUUGUAUGACGUUGACUCCAAAAGUCCAGACCUGUCCAAACACGACUUUUUGGGUCAGAUGUUCUGUACUCUCGGGGAGAUCGUCGGAUCGCCAGCCAGCCGACUGGAGAAACCUCUUGGGGACCCUGGGUGUAGCCCAGUCGCUGUAUUUCACCGGUGACACUAUGCCAUCUUCACACAGU